AUUGGAACACUGGGUAUUGGGGCGUAUUCUAGCAGCACUCAUUUGCUCGGGUGUGUGAUAAAGAUGCAGAUUGACUCGUUCACCGGUGAGGGGUCAUAUUAACCUUGCGACAAGGCUGAAAGAUAUCCGAUGACUGGUACCCCCCGCUUGCCGUCAACACGCUUUUGCCUUGCAUACUCUACUAGUAGCUCCUCAUCACUACUGAAAGACUUCGAUUCAUGGAGACUCUGGCCCAAAUAUACCAUACCGACCACUUCGCAAUGGAAUAUAAUGAAGAGAAGUUCCUUAGAGUCGAUGUAGGCUACGAUGUCCAAAUGGCCCAGUGCUUCUCUUUCACACCAUCCAUGUUCUCGUGCUUCUCUGAGAUGCCAUCCAUGGACUGCUCCUAUUACCCACCACUCGUGGCCCUCUUCUCCUCUCCCCUACCAACCCGAGAAUGCGGUGACUCCUGGAAUCACGAUGGACAAAAACAGUACAUCAAGACUUACGAGGGUAGAGAGAGGCUUGAUCCUCGCUACCAAGCGGUCUCCAAGCAUGACUUCUUCAGAGUUGGAAGGGUGUUCAAAGUACUCUUCCUAGAGUCUGCUGGACGGCCCCGAAAUCAUAGGACAGUCUUGGUUGCUUGGACACCAAAUAACAUUUAUUUCGAGAAUAUCAGGCGCUUCGUCAUCCGAAAAAACAAUAGAAACCACUGCAUCCUAUAUUUCGCGUACUCUACUGUUGCAGCCAUUUCAGCCCUCGGGAUAAACCGAUACAACAACCCUUCUAGUUCGAUCAGCGAGUGGUUGAGAGCUUUCACGAGUCCACUCUGGGAACCAGAUCUGGGCCAAUACAAACAUACCGUGGAAGGGGUGUUUUCGGUUGCAGGUUUCGUCACAUCAUCGGCGUGCCUCUACCAUUGGAACAAAGAUGAUGGAAAUCAAGACUACUUUGUGCUCGGGGGUAUCUCAAGUGGGAUAGCAAUCGGCCUCGGUACAGGCUUGGAGCUACAGGAUAUACUACUCGUUAUACUGCCUUGGACAAUACUGGCGUCGAUGAUGCUGAGCAGAAUCGUUCAUUGGGCCUAUAAAAGCCAUGCGGAAGUCGAUGAUGAAAAAUGGUAUCGCGGCGUUCGUUCGUGGCGAUGAUCCGGCUUAACAUCUGGAUGAGGUCGGUGCUCAUCCUUCGUAGGCAGCUUUAUCGGGUUCCGGCCUUACAUUUUCAGUCCGUCAAGCAUGACUUCCAGCACAGGCCGAAUAUACAACGCCUGGGAAGUUAGCAGAAGCGAGUUAUUGUUGGACUUUUCUUAUCUGCGCACAAUACCUAGCUCCUUCUGCGAGCUCUCCGAGCUACGUGGAAGAGGGGUUUACGACAUAUCUCUAUCUCAUAUUCCCUUUGCUGAACUUUCAUUACCUAUUGCUGCCCACGCAAUCAAAGAAUAAAUUGACGCUUUUAG